ACCAACUUAAUUGACUGUAUAUGUAACAUAUAUGACCACAAUUGCAUCCAUAAAGCAUUUGCUUUCCAAUUUGCAAUAUCACAAGUAAAUUUCAGAAAAAAAAAAAAAAAGAAACUCAUGGAGAAGGGAAAGAAGCCAAUCCAAGAAGAAGAAAAUGGUUUUUUUUCUUUAAAGAAUUAUCAGCCUAAUGUUGCCUCUUCAUCAUCAGAGCCUCCAUUGAAGAAGUUCGAUACUGUAUUUGAACAACCAGACUCAGCAGAAGGGACAGUGGUUUUGGAUGCGACGGAGCAGACUGUUGACAAUGGCGAGGAAGACCUCUUUUCCAAAUCCCCGACGACCGAUUCUGUUGAUGAUUCCCUAGCAGGGACCACCAAAUCUCCGGUUACACCGUCACCAAAUCCUGCAUCAGUGACAGUAGCACAGGUUGACAAGGUUAUCAUGGAGCAAAUUGCUGUUCAAGGAACAGUUGUCUCAGCAGCCCCACCGGCACAAUUGGCAUCAGCUUCCGUAGGCAAGCCAUUUGAACACAGGAAAGCCAUGCUUCCUCAAGAGCUUGAAAACAUUGCAAAAACUGAUCCUAAGAGGGCAGCAAGGAUUAUGGCAAAUCGGAGGUCAGCUAAGAGGUCCAAGGAGAAGCAGAAGCUGUAUACCUUCACGCUUGAACAUACGUUAAAGAAGUUGAAAUCUCAAGCUGCUCAGACAUCAGCUCGAUUGGCCAUAUUGGGGACAGAGACUAAAUCCUUGAUUUAUGAAAAUUCCAAACUCAAAGAUCAUGCAAAGGUCGCUAAGAAAAUGAUUGAGAAGCAAGAAUCAAAAAAUAAUGAUAUCAGAAAGGAGAUUCAGUUUUAUAAACAUUUUCUAGCUAGACAAAUGCGUGCUGCAGUUGGUGGAACCCCGAUCAACUUAAAUAUUAAUGCACCUUCAGUUAACGCUCUAUCCAUGGCUGCCCAACAAGGCUUGAAUGUUCUGACUCAGAGCACCCGCCUGCACCGUGGAUUGCAGCAUGGUUUUCAACAGCAGCGAGCUGGACAAGCUCGCCAGCCACAGCACCAUCAAAAUCACUAUCUGAUGCGCAAUGUGCAGGUGUGGCCUAGACAUGUUCGAGAAUAGAAUUAAGCUAAUAUUGGAGUAAGAACUACACAUUGAAGAAAAAACUUGGAAUAACAGAUGCCGGCUUUCCUUUUGUCUUCUUAGUUAUGUGUGAAGUUUAAAUUUCUGAAGAAUCUGUGUGUUUGAUUUGAUGUAAAGAGUGCUAGAUUAUUGAGAACUUGGCUUUAAUUCCUUAAUUGUGUUUUUUGUGCUUUUCUCCUCUUCCUUUGGAAAUUA